CGCGAAAAGGUCGAGUUGGUUCAAGAAGAUGAGUCGGCGCCAUUUACUGUCCCUGCGCUUCUGCGGCGACGUUGGGGCUGACGGAGAGAACACACUAGCUACGGCACCAACAGCUCAAUGCAGCACCAUAAGGCAGGACGCGGCAAAUAUCUCUCCAUCAAGCGGUAACCCCAGCAAUCGACAUGCACACGACUUAUCCCGAGAUGUCCUCGGCAUACGUUCCAUGGCAACAGCAGCUGCUAUCACCAUGCCUUCAUCGCAACGAUUGAAAGGGAUUGAGACCAUUGAAGCACCUGCAUCGUACUGUGGUCAUCCACCUCCCUCGCUGAAAACCAUGAAGAGAUCUACUUUUGGUGAUCCCGCAAGCACCUCGUUCCAUUCACUCGAGACGUUGCAACGCUGUUUCACUCAAGACAACACUUCCACUUGUGCUCAACAUCAGACUGCAAGCAGCUGCGACGAUGUCAUUACAUUCACGGAUUCAGACGAGGAUCUUCCAACGACACAACGCCUUUGCAACCAUCCCUCUCCUAUUCCAGGCGCUCCCUCCCCGCCUCAACCAACCGAAGUGCGAUGUCCUUCCUGUUGUAAAUUGCUUACAUUUCUCAACGAGCGGGGUCAGCUGCAACACGUGAAUGCGUGCUUGGACCAGCUCGAACAAUUUUCCCGAAACAAGAAGAUGGCUUUGACAACGAAGGCCCCGUCGAGCUCAUCGGCGUUGUCUGCCACUACUUUCGACCCUUCGACUUCAACUUCUGCAUCUUCACCAUCUCCCGUGAUGCCGUGCAUAGUGUGCGGCGUCGAUCUCGUGACCAAGUCGUCGCCGCAGCGCGUGAAUCACAUCAAGCAAUGUGGUCGACGGUUUGGUGUUACAGUGCAGUCCAUACGCAUCGGUGAAACUUGAAUCAUCCUGUACAAAUAUUCGUGUUUAUGAAUUGAUGGCCUGUUUGGCGCAUAGAUGAUGAACCUGCGGCAGCUCCCCCGCUCGCUGAAGUCCCCAAGAAUGCCCCCACAAAUGCCUUCGACAUGCUCAUGAAGAACGCCCAAUCGUCCGCGAUGGUGGUAACGUCGUCGAUCGCAAAGAUGGCGUCGGCUUGGUCAGCAGCACCUUCGUCGGCCAUGGCGGGGAAGAAGCGCAAGGCUGGGUCAUCCUCGUCAUGGUCCCGCUACAACUCGAAAGGGAAUAUGCCUUGCCCGCAGUACAAACUCAUCCAAGGGUCGACGAUUGUCGUGGACGGGUUCCAGUACGCCAACCCGUCGCUGUCGACAGUUUACUUUUUGUCGCAUUUCCACUCGGAUCAUUACACUGGACUGACCAAGGCGUUUUCAGCAGGCAUGAUCUAUUGCACCGCCGUGACCGCCAAGCUCGUGCUCCACUGCCUCGGUGUCAACAAAAAAUAUGUCCACCCAUUGCCCCUCAACCAACCGUACGUCCUGCCCGACCAGCAAGGUCAAGUCACGCUCAUCGAAGCCAAUCAUUGCCCGGGCGCCGCUCUCAUUUUGUUUCAACUACGAGGCGGCAAGGCAUAUCUGCAUACAGGCGACUUUCGAUUUGAUCCGUCGAUGCUGAGCAAUCGAUUCCUUGUCCGAUAUGCUCAUCAAGAGCCUGCUUUGGAUGGUGUCUACCUCGACACCACGUACUGUGAACCACAAUACUGCCAUCCGACCCAGGACGUCGCGAUCGGCGAAGUGAAGCGGCUGGUGGAUUUGCAUGAUGGGGGCCGAGUGUUGUUUUUGUUUGGGUCGUACUCGAUCGGAAAGGAGCGGCUCUUCAUGGAAAUUGCAAGGCACUUGCAGCGCAAAGUGUUCGUCGAAAGGUCCAAGCACUUGCUCUUGUCAUGCUUUGACUGGCCUGACUCGGACAUGGAGAUGCUGACAUUGGAAUCGUCCACCACCAAUUUGCAUGUGGUGCCCAUGGGGAGUUUGACCUUUGACGUGAUGGGCGCGCUUCUCAGCAAGCAUCGGCUUCGUUUUGAAAAAGUGAUUGCGUUCCAGCCGACGGGGUGGACCUUCUCUGGCAAAAAACACAAGCUGUCGUCGAUGCGCACGCAGCGAGAUGGCAGGUUGAUCAUUUACGGCAUCCCAUACAGCGAACACUCGAGCUUUGAAGAGCUCUGCGCGUUCGUGACGGCGUUCAAACCAACGAAAAUCAUCCCAACCGUGAAUUGCAGCAAGGCCCAAAAACAAGUCGACUUGCUCCGGCAAACGUGCUUUCACAACCUCACCCAUCAUUUCAAGGCGCCGAGCAACUCGAGCAACGAUCGACAACUGUCCACUGAAGGCGACGCGGCUCGACAAUAAUCGUAUCACAUGGUGGCCUCCGAUGCCACUGCACUUGGACCGGACCAUCGACGCCAGCCUUGAGGUGAUUGCACAAAAGGGAAACGAUGCUGGCAUGGCUUCCAAUGAUCCAUUGGCCUUAGGAUGUCAACCCGGAUCGACGAUUUGACAUAAAGAUGUCGUUGUAUCCUGUGCGAG